UCCCUUCUUUUCCGUUUCUUUUGGGGGUUUGGCUGGGGUGUCUCGGCGUCCGCCGCCUUCUUCCUCUUCCAUGGCGACGACGAUCUUAUCCUUAUCGCGACAGUCAUUCCAGGUUAUUCGGAGGAUGCAAUCAAGGUACAGCAGACCCUCAUUUGUUCAUGAUGUUCUGUGGAAUAACAUGAUCGUCAGUGGUAAGCUUCCACCACUGUUGUCAAUCACACAUUCCAUCACAACACAAGAAUCUUCUCGACAAGAAAAUAUAAUCAAGGACUUGGAGCUCUUUAUAAAGAGUAAGAAGGAUAUUGAAGCAAUUUCAGUGAAGAAAAUUUGUACCGAGUAUAUUGAGAAACUUUGUAGAUCAGGCCAUUUGGCGGAUACUGCUCAUGUAUUUAGACAUCUACAUGGUGGAGACAUCAACCUGGAUCUGAAUACCUAUACCCUUCUUCUAGCAGGUGCAAUCGAAAUGAAUAAUUUCACUCUUUUCUCUGAGGUCUUAAGAGUUCUAAUGUCUAAAUUGUCUCCUGAUAUUACAUCUCACAAAAAAGUUGCCCAAACUCUUGAAAAGGUAUCCGACUCAAAUGUGAUAUGUGACUUUGUGAAAGAUGUAUCUAACAUAACAAGUUGCACAUAUUGUACUGUGAUAAACAGAAUCAUAUACGUGACUGCUAAAUUGGGGAUGAUUGAUAAAAGCUUGAUAAUAUUUGAAGUGUUGAAGAAUCUUCAUCUGGAAAUGGACACAGUCACAUUUAAUACAGUUUUAGAGAUAUUAGGUAAAGGAGGUAGGACAAGCGAGAUGCUAUCUGAGUUUUUGGUGAUGAAAGAUCUUGGACAUGUUCCUGAUGUUAUUACUUAUAGCACAUUGAUCAACAAUUUGCGUAGAUUUGGUAGGCUAGAUCUCUGCAAGACAAUUGCAAGCGAAAUAUCCGAGAAAGGAAUUCAGUUAGACUUGCUAACUUAUACUGCCCUAGUUGAUGCAUUUGGACGCUCAGGAAAGGUGGAAGAUGCAUUUUGGAUAUUUGAAGAGAUGAAGAAAUUUCAUAACCCAUCCAUAUAUGCCUAUCGUGCAAUUAUUAGCAACUUGAAAAAGAUGGGAAAAUUUGAACUAGCACUUCGUUUAUCUUCAUAAAUGAACUCGAGCACUACAAAACUUGCUGGUCCAGAAGAAUUUAAACAGAGAAGAAAGAACAGAUGGAAAAUACAGUAAGCUGGAUAAGAUGGCGCCGUGUUUUCCUCGUCAACUUUGCUGCUGCAGAAGUUAGACAUCUGAUAAAGAUUAAAACUGCAACAAGAAAAUUCAAGAUCAAAGUUGAAAAACUUGAUUCACCAAGUACGACACGGAAGUUCCUGUAUCAGAAAAGGUGGAAAGGUUCUUUGGCAGGGAGCAUAAUGAAGUACACAAUAAGAACCCAUCCUGUUAUUUUGAAAAAGGUAGAGAGUAUACUAAAAGCUGAUUUGAUUAAUAAGUACAUCUGGAAAAACCCUUUUGAUGGAUGGAGCAAUCUUUAGCUGUAUUGAUUGAGUUGGAGACUUUCUAGCUGUCUGGAUUGAGUACAUUGAUAAAUAUUAACAAAUUGUGGAAUGAAGAAGUUGGUAUCUGAAUUGGGAUUGUGAAUUGGCAUUAAAGGUUUGGAGUGGAACCCCUCAUACCCUUUAGCCACUUAACGGUUGGUUAUAAGCUGAUUUCGUGAUUUAUCUUUUUGGUAUGAGGGAUAUUUUGGUGUGAGCGUAAUCAAUUUUUACUAUAAUGGGAUUGUGAAUUGACAUUAAAGGUUUGGAGUGGAACCUAUUACUUUCGAAACGCCCUUUGGGGGUUUAUGUUGUUUGGGUGGAUAAUAUCAACUUAUUGUACAAAGUCUU